AUGACGCACCGCUUUUCUUCAAAUACAUCACCAUUAAAUGCCGCUGUCGGCACUUCAAUUUCCAGUAAUCUACAAGUCAAUAAUCAACAUUCAGUAGGAUCCUAUCGUGGUAAAGAGAUGCAUGUCACUAUCAUCAAUCCUAUUCGUGAAAAAGAACAACGAAAAGAAUUACGAUCAGUAUUAAAACUACCAAUGAUACCCAAUGACGAUUUCAUUCCAAUCGAUGAUUUUUCAAAUGGUUUUACAUAUGAAUCACAUUUAGGUCGAUUUUGUAAGAAUGUCAUUGUUGUCUCAGCAAGACAUCCGCAUAGUUUCUUCUUGCAAACAAUCGAUGAUCUUACUUUUAGUGAUAAUUUUUUUUCAAAAAUGAAUGAAUUUUACAAUCGAUGUUUUGACGCUCAACGUCUUGUUAUAUCAAAAGCAGCUUUACGUGUUAAUUUAUGUUGUGUAGCACGAGAUGAAAUCGAAUCGGACGUUUGGAAUCGUGCACAACUACUUGAAUAUUAUCCUGAAAGUGAUCAAUGCAGUUUACUUCUUGUUGAUAUAGGUACAUGGCAAGAAUGUGUACCACGUUCAAAGCUACGCCAUAUAAUUUUACCGUUUCGUCAAGAAUGCGUUCGUAGUGUACCAUGUCGACUAGCUGGUAUAGCGCCUGCUAAACCAGAAAAAAAUAGCUUAUGGAAUGAAUAUGCCAUCAAAACGUUUCGCAAUGUCAUUGAUAAUGUUCCAGCCGAAGUCGAAGUACUUGAUUGUUCACCGAAUGGCUCCUAUUUUGUGAAUCUAUUUGUAACACACGAUACAUUUGUCUGUGUUAAUGAUUUUUUACUCUAUCAUAAAAUCGCAAUACCCGUUGAUGAUUGUAAAACACUUAAACCUGAAGAAUUGGAUCCGACUACUCAUGAGCCAGUCUUAGCCAUCAUUCAUGAAUUUAACCUUCAAGGCGAACUUUUAGCUGAAGAAUUAAAAGCAAAUCAACGACAACAAAAAGAAGAGCAACGAAAAAAAUAUGAAAAACAGCAACAAUGCCACUUAGACUGUCGUUUACCAUGCAUACGAAUUAUUGAUAUACCAUUUUUAUCUGAUAAAAAAUUGAUUUUUGCACGAUAUAAAAAUUGGGUGAUGGUGCCAUGGUUUUCUAUUAGUGAUCUGUUUCGUCCAUCAUUAUCUGAAAGUACUAUUCAACGAUUUGCAUUGCUUUAUAAAUUUUCACCUGUGUAUUUAACACCAUUAAGCAAUGCUGUACUUUGUGCUAGUUUAGAAAAAUAUAUGACAUCAAUUAAUGAUAAUAGAAAAACGAGUUUACGUGGAAAUGAAACUAAAAUUGCUUUAUAUAGUAUUGAUUGUGUACGAAAAUUAUUAUUAAAUCAUCAUCUUGUUAAUGAAUUUAUAUUCGAACGGCUUGAUGAAGCUCGUGAAGCUGAAAUGAAAGAUGAUCAAGAUUUUUGGGAAAUACCAUCACAAAAUCAACUAUUGAUGGAGCACAAAAAAUUAAAUGAAGAAAGUAAACAAUCACAAAUGGCUGUAGUCAAAUCUCAUAAAGAUCGACUAGAAUAUCGUCUUGAACAAAUGAAACCGUCCGAUCCAAAUUACAAAUCAAUACAACGUCAACUAAUGGAUGCAGUGGAAAAACUGAGCAUCUUCAGCAACGACAGUAAUAGUUCAUUUUGA